UUCAGGACAUGGAGGUUGGGAACACUCCUUCUUCAUCUCAACUUUCACCUCCUCAUUGUCAAGCGCCUCCUCUCGCCUCUCCUCCUUCUAGGAAGCGUCGGGCUCCUUCAUCUUCACAGCAAAGUUAUGGAGUUCAGGGUGAGGUGGAGGCGACACCAAAGAGAGCCAGACUGUGUCCAUCAAGCAGCGAUAUUAAAACUCAACCUUCAUCUCCUUAUAGCCUGUCGGCUAAGGUCACGCCACCUCAGGCACAACUUUCACCUCCUCAAAAUCAAGCGCCACCUCUUGCGUCUCCUCCUUCUAGGAAGCGUCGGGCUCCUUCAUCUUCACAGGAUGAGAUGGAGCCGACACCAAAGAGGGCCAGACUCUAUGGGCUGUCGGCUCGGGUCACACCUCCUCUUUCCCAGACACCAUCGUCCUCUCAGGUAGAUUUCACCAAAGCCCUAAACGUUAUUAGUGACACUAUCAUUAAGAAUUUAAUUUAUUAAAUCUUUGAUUGUUUUAUUUACAGAAAAUUAAAGUAAAUACUGCAGAGGUCAA